GUGGAGAUCCGGGAGCUGGGCGGCGAGAGCGUGAGCCGGGUCGGGAGUCUCGGGGGGCCGCCAGCCGUGGCGGCGGUGAGUGCCGCCUCGGGACGGCGGGGGCACCGCGUGGCCUUGCCCUCGGUGCCGGCGGCCGGGCGGGGGAGGCGCCGCAGCUGCCCGCCAGCUCCCGCUGACUGUGCUCUGUCCCUCGGCGGCACCGAUGCGUGCUGCGAGCGGGCCGUGGGGCGGCUGCCGGGGGCUCGUCGUCGUAGGGAAGGGGCUGUCCAAAGGUCCUACAAAUAAAUGUCUUUCAGAAAAAAGCAGAGUGUCUCUUCCAACACUUUUUGAGAAAAACAUGCAGGAAGCCAUUGACAGGUAUACUUGUGAAACAGUUUCAUCACUUUCUAGUGGUCAUACAACACCUACAGACUUGAAAAAUUCUUGGUCUGGCAUAAACAGCUAUACUACUGGCUUGUCUACUGAAAGAAGUUCGCUUUACUCUUGGAGGGAUGAUGAAUUUGAUAAGGCCAGCACACAGAGAGUACAUCAGUUAUUUUGGGACAUUGAUGAAAUGCUGUUUGAAGGAAAAGUGACCUCUCAAACUCAGAGCCUGCAAGCAGAAUGUGCAGACUGGGUUGAACGAUCUCUUCAUCUAAGGGUUCUAGGAAAGCAGCUGCUAUUACCGAAGGAUGAAGGCUUUCAGCAUUUUCAGAGCAGAAGUGAUAGCUCUGUGGACGCUAACAUUUUACCUGGCCUCCAUGAUGAUACUACUGAUAUAAAAGAGCUCUGCAUUUCAGGCUCUAAAUUGGUCCCAGCAGCAUCUCCAGUUCAUAAAACAAUAGAUUCCAGUUCCACUAGGAUUUCUGCCUCUGACUCUUCCACAUAUUCAUUCCUGGAAGAAGAAAUCUAUGAUGUGGAUGGAAAAAUAGAGGAGUAUCUUGCCUUUGACAACAAGGAGCUCGAUGAUGAGAGUUUGGAGCAAAAGAAAAUGCAUCUUGCUGAGAAGAAGAGUAAACCUGGCAUUCCCCCUGUGUCUCCUAAUGCCUGUAUCAAAGAUGCUGUAGCUUCUGAAGUAUUUGAUUGUAUCUGGAGCAAUAUAAUUGAAAUAUUGGAAGAGCUGAUUAAAAAAAAAUGGGAAACGAAUAUCACAGAGAGUGACAAACGGGUGGAAGAACUGAAAGCUGUUACAGCUAAACUGUCACAUUUACCAGUCAUUCGUGUUACAGCAGAUGCUGGGAGUGUGCCUCUUUCCAGAAGCUCUGAAGCACGAAGCAUGUCUUAUGGUCCCCAUUUUGUUCCAUCACAGAUUCACCGUUUCUCCAGCAACUUUUGUAGUGAUUUGAAAGGUGUUAUGACAAUUCAAGCAAAACCACUCCAACAGAGGCAUGUGGCCACAGUAGAAAAAAUACGGAAUGAGCAAGAAGACAAACUACAUAGCACUGGCUCCAAUGCAACAAACUCAGUGCGUGCUAAACUGGGGAGAAUUGCUGAUAACAGUGUUCUCUCAUCAUCUCGGGUACUGCUGGCAUCUUCUAGGAAGCUACCAAGCCAUUGUAGGUUACCUUCUCUCACUUCUGACCAACCCUCCUCAAAAGCUCCUAAUGUGUACAAUGAUGAAAUCCUUAGGGGGACUAAAUUGGCUGCCAGCUUGGAUCGUUUAUCUUCUGCUCAUGCACAUACAACUCAGAACAAGUUACCACCAAUAAACUCGGAGGCUGUUGAACAAUAUCUUUCAGUACCUCAACUGCAACAGAGCUCUCAUCAAGGACAUUAUGCUUAUAGUAGAGUUUCAAGUGCGGUACCUGGCACUACAGAGCAACGACCACUCAGAGAACAAACUGUUAUCGAUCUAUUUUCAAGGCCCAAAACAACGCAUACAUUCAGGGCAGACACACCUCAGAAAAGGUCACUGACUCCCAUGGAUUUUGCUAACCAAACGUGGACGGGUCAAGGGUUUUCAACAGGUUCACAGCAUUACUACAAGUCCUUUCAGAGAAAUCCUCGAACCUCAAGGAAGAGAUUUCAGGUUGCUUCUUAACUCGGCUUAGGAAGAAACAGAAAAACCCUGCACUGAUGGAGUGCUAAAGUACUUGAUGUACCAGCUAGCAUCUUGCGUACUACAGAACGUGUGCAGUAUGUUAGUUUCUGCUGAGCCUUGUGAUCCUCAGAAUGCUGGUAUUGCCUUUUUUGAAAGUUGUCUAAGCAGAGGUUACAUAAAAAUUAGAGCAAAAUGAAAUAAAUGGUUGAGAUCCCCAAGCUUCAGGUCUCUGCUCUCUUUGCAAAGUCAAGAUGCUGCUCCUCUACUUGUUUCUCAGGCAUUCCUUCUUUUUCUGUCUUUCCUCUGGGAAAUGUUAUUCCACCUAAAGAAGCAAAUAUGCUUAGGUUGUGACAUCCUGUUCCCACUCUUUCAUGUUUCUUCAGUGUUAAAGAUGUUAUGGCUCUAUCCAAACAUCAAUCAUAUAUAAAAUUAAUACUUUUUCUUCAACAGGAGUUUGCUGCAUCUCCUCUUUAACUCCUGUUCUAACAUUUCUCCAUUUUUAGUCUCUCUGAUUAUUGCAGUUGCUCUGUUGUAAAUAUUGUCUGUCCCUACCUUUUCUUCUUCUUUUAAUUCUUUUAAGAUGGAAUUCAUUCAUUGCUUCUAAUUAAGCUCUUUUGUUUGUCAGUUACUGUGAAACUGCUGGGAUAAACUUUGUUUCAGGCAGCAAUGAUUUUGCUGUGAGGCCAAACUUGUUUGUAGAUCCUGAACAGUUGAAACUGCAUGCUGACAUGUCAGUAAGAUAGUUCCCACUUCUUGAGAUUUCUUAUAAAAUGUUGCUUGUUACUGUACAAAUCAAUCAUGUUUCUUUGUACCUGAUCCUUCAAAGGUUUAAUAUGAAAAAAAUUACUUUAAUGGGUGGAAGCAUUAUUUAAUACUUCAUGUGUGUAGACCCAAAUGAAGGAAGAUCAAGGAGAAGGCUGGGAUUGUGUUUUGCCCAGGGGUCACAGCUAAGAUCAUGUCCCAGUGUGUUAAUACUGUGUGUGCACGAAGUCAUUCUUCCUUCCAUCAAAGACGGUACAGCUUGAAUAGAUGUGGUAGAAGAACUGUUGAAGAGGUAAAACAGGAGGAGAAAAACUUAAUUAUUUGCCCAGAUUUUGCAGUUAAGAACAGUCAGUUUCUUCCAGUUGGGAACUAAUGUCACUUCUCCUCACUUCUCUUUAUAAAUGUUCAAGGAUUGGUAAUCCAAGAUAAAGUAUUUGUAAUACAUCUUUUCUAUUUAUACUGUUAUCAGAUUUCUGGUUUAUGUCAAUGGUUGUCAAACACUGCAUUCUUUUGAGUAAAUGGAAGCUUUUAAAAAUUA